AGGUAUUGUAGGGGGUGCAAAAAACGGCGAAGCCUUGGGAGCAACAGUUUCUUCGAAGAGUUCCCUAGAAUUUCUCUGGGAAAGAUUCUUCUUUGUAUAUACUUCUUUCUGGAGGACGACUCCCAAAAAUCUGCAUCCAGGAAGAUCGGCCUAACGAAAGAAAAAACGUCUCAGAUCUACAGAAAACUGGAGGACGUGUGCUCGGUCGAUCUUGAGUACAACCCAAUCAUCCCAUUUGCAGGUCCCGGGAUAGUUGUCAAGUGCGACGAAAGCAAGUUUAACCACAAGGCUAAAGUAAGUAAGCAAUCUGUUUUUUUUUUUUUCAUGUCAGCAAGCCGGCCUUGCCGGGACACAUUAUGGAAUGUUUGUUUGUCGCGUAAUCUAGUCUCAUUGAAAGAGAAAGUCAUGGUAUCUAACUUUGAAGCGUUAGGGUAAGGGUGGGAGUGGAAGUAGAACCUUCCCACCAUUUAGCAGGAUAUGGAAUCAAACGAAUUGAACCAUGGAAAAAGGUCUCAUGUCUGAAACAGGUUAGCAAAAUGAACAAUUUUUAUGAGGAUUUCUUAGUUAUUUGCCCCCGCAAAAAAUCCAACUCAUGAAACUCUUUUCUUUUUUUUUUUUUUAAUUUGGUCCAGUUAGCUGCUUGCGAGUCUGUAUUCAAAGAGGUAAUAGUCGGAUGCAAUAAUAUUAUCAAAUUACCGAGUGUUAACUAAGGCAUUGUGUUAAACACCUGCUUACAAGGUGAUUUGUUUUUAUCUCAGAACAACCGCGGGAGAAGAGCAGAGCGGGACGUUUGGGUCUUUGGCAUUGUUACAAUCGAAUACACUCCUUGCCGAGGCUAUUUUCAAAUUGUCAAACGUAGAGAUGCUGCAACUCUGCAUCCUAUAAUUGAAAAAUGUAUUCUUCCGGGCACUGAAGUGCACACAGAUGACUGGGGUGCGUAUAGGAACCUUGAUCAGCGGCUAAACAAUGUUGCAACGCAUAGAGUUGUAAACCACUCUAGAUAUUUCGUCGAUCCGCGCACCGGCAUUCACACACAGGAAGCAGAAUCGUGUUGGGCUACCCUUAAAUUAAAGCAAGUAAUGAAGAGGGGAAUUAGAAUAAAGGACAUGCAGUCAUAUCUUGACGACAGGAUGUGGCGGCAAUAG